CUUCCAACGCAAGUUUGAGCAGUUCGAGACCAGCCUCUUAUUCAGUAAUCUCUAUUCCUUUCCCUCGGGCCCUCUUUCAGACCAGGUUCUUUUGUGCUUGGGUCGGGGGUCACUAAAAAUGCCUUGUUGUGGCGGCAGCCAUACGGGCGGCCCAAGUGGCUCGACCAAGCAACUCGUCUCGAACCACCGUGGCAGGUCGGAGGCGGACCUUUCUGGUGAUGCUCUCCAAAAUGGAGUGGUGUUGCGCACACUAGCAGAGCACUGCGAUGCAGCUACCGCAGCUGCGUGCUUCGGGGUUUGCCGCGCUUGGCGGGACGCGUUUUCAGUGUCCGCGAUGAACAGCACCAUGAGCUGUGUGGCUGAAGCUGUGGAUUCAGCGCGCGCACGCUUCGCUGGCAACCUGCACGGCGCCGUGACGCUGGAUGUGACGCGCUGGGGGGCGCAGGGGCAGCCGCCGGCGCACGGCGGCGCAGCCAGCGCGGCGCAGCGGGCGGCGGCGGUGGCGGCGGCGCAGCGCGGCUUUGACGCACACUUGCGGGCACUGGCCACCAACCGGCAUUUUGUGCAGCUCAAGGUGCACACGCCCGUGCGCGAGGCGGCCGACCCGCAGCUGUCCCUGGCCGCGCUCACCGCCCUGGCGCCGCUGACGCAGCUCACCUCGCUCGUCCUCAGCCGCAACCCCUCCUUCACCUCCGCGCCCCACGCCCUCACCCCCGCCGACGUGGCCGCGCUGGCGCACCUGCGCGGCCUCACCUUCCUAGAGCUCUGCGCCGCCGUGCCGCCAGCACUCGGGCUAGGGCCGCUGGCGCGCGCCGCCGCCGGCUCCCUGACCGCGCUCCGCACGCUGGCGUUUGGGCACACCAGUGCGCUGUGGCGGCUGCCGGCGGUGGGCGCGCUGUGCCAGGCGCUGGAGCCGGCCUGCCCCGCCCUCACAGACCUGCGGCUGCGCUGCGUGGCGCCGCCCUCCGACCCGCGGCAGCUGCCCGCGCUCAUGGCGCUGCCGCUGCCGCAGCGCCUCACCAACUUCGCGCUCACCUUUGCACGGCGGCUGAACCGCGGCGGCGAGGAGGGGCUGCCGCCGGCGGCGCCAGCUGCCGGCGGCGGCGGCGCAGCCGCCCUUGCGGCCGCGGACGCCGCCGGUUUGGGGCUGCCGCCUGGGCUGGGUCUGGAGGAUGAGGAGGAGGAGGGCGACCACGUCAACUUCGGGGAGUACGAGGACGUGGAGGAGCCGUGGGACUCGGUGGACCACCUGGCGCCCAAGCCGGGGCUGCACGUGCUCAUCGUGGAGCGCGGCGCCCGCGUGACGCGCAUGGACGUCAACGUGACGGUGUCCGUGGCGGCGCGCGACCUGCCCACGGUGCCGGUGGCGGCGCUGGAGGGCGGCGCGGCGGCGGCGGAGGGGAGGGAGAAGGGGGGGAAGGCUGGGAGGAAGGGCGGGAGGAAGGGCGGGAAGGGGGCGAAGGCGGGCGCAGCUGGUGGGAGCACCAGCGGGGGCAAGGCCGCAGAGGAGGGCGGCGCUGCGAAAGGGAGGCAGCAGCAGCAGCAGCAGCCGAAUGGGGCCGGCGGCAAGGCUGCGGGCGGCAAGGCGGCGGCGGCGCUGUUCCAGGAGGGCUAUGAGUCGGACCCGGAGGCGCCGCCGGAGCUGUAUGCGGCCGAUGACAGCGACGGCGCCAGUGAUGAUGAUGGGGACGGUGAUGGUGGUGCGGAGGCGGGCGCGGAGGCGGAGGCUGCGGUGCCGCCGUACGACGUGACGCCGCUGGUGCUGGCGGCCUACAACCGGCUGCUGGGGGAGGAGCUGGGGCUCACGGGCUCGCUGGCCGAGCCCGAGGACCUGCACCUGGGCGUGCGGCUGGACAUACUGGAGGACGAGCUGGAUGUGGUGGAGGCAGUGGGCGCAGCCGUGCUCAACAACGUGGGCCACAUCUUCGGACUGGGCGGCGGCGGCCCGGGCGGCGGCGGCGGAGCUCCCAACCCCGCGCAGAUGCUGGCGGCGGCGGGGCAGCUGCAGGCCGUGCUGGCGGCGCUGCAGGAGCAGGUGGCGGCGGCGGCCGCCGCCGCCAACGGCGGCGGUCCCGCCCCCGGCCUGCAGGUGCUGGCGCCGCCGCUGGGCUUGCUGGCGCAGCAGCUGGCGCAGCUUAACAUCGGCGGCGGCGGCGAUGGGGGCGGCGGCGAUGGUGGCGGUGGCGCUGGUGGCGGCGGUAACCGCGGUGGCGCGGCGUCGGCGCCGCUGGACGCGCGUGUGCUGCAGCUGCAGCUGGCGCCGCUCAGCCCCCACAUGUGCUUCCUCAACCUGGCGCUGGUGCCCAUGGUCACACAGCUCGCCAUGAUGGGCGGCGGGGGAGGCGGAGCCGGAGCCGGAGGCGGAGCCGCCGGAGGAGGAGGCGGAGCCGCCGGAGGAGGAGGCGGAGCCGCCGGAGGCGGCGCAGCCGCCGACGACGGUGGCGGCGGCGCCGCCGCCGCCGCCAUGCUUCCUCCUGCCGACACGCGUGUGGCGCCCGUGCUUCUGGACGUGCGCGGCGCCGGCUACACGCAGCUCAAGAGCCUGGCGGUGACCGGGUAUGUGGACCAGGACUGCCGGCCCGCCGCCUGGAUGUGCCGCGGCUGGCUGGCGGGGCUGCCAGCAGCCAUGCCCUCGCUCGAGUACCUGGCGCUGUACGACACACUGCCGGCGGCGGCACACGACCGCGAGGCGGUCAAGGGCCUGCGCGCUCUGACGCGGCUGGAGCACCUGGAGCUGCGGCCGCUGUACCUGCGCUUCGCCGGCGAGGUGGCCUGCCCGCUGGCGCUGCCGCCCGCGCCCUGCCUGCCGCCGCCGCUGCUGCAGCUGACGCUGAAGAAGGUGGACAUACCGGCGCCGCCGCCGCCGCCGCCGGGCUGCGGGCCCGACAGCCCGGAGGCGCGGGCGGCGCUGCCCGACCUGCCGCACCUCACGCACCUCUGGCUGUUCGACUGCUCCGCGCCCGACCUGACCCUGUUCCGCCGCGCGCCCCGGCUGGAGGACCUGCGGCUGGGCGGCACCACCACCCUCACACGACUGGACCAGCUGCUCAGGGGGCCGCCGCCAGCUGCAGCUGCAGGUGCUGCUGCUGCUGCUGCUGCUGCUGCUGCUGCUGCUGGAGGCGGAGCCGGCAGCGGAGCUGGGCAGGAUCCCGCCGCCUCCGGCUCUGCCGCCUCCGGCUCCGCCGCCGCCGCCGCCGCUGCCGCCGGCUCCGGCGCCGGCUCCGCCGCCGCCGCCUCGGGCGGCUGCUCCUCCUGCUACUACUACUGGCCCUGCCUGCGCGGCGCCAUCCUGGACCUGUCGCCCGCCUGUGCGCCCGGCUGGUUCAGCGCGGAGCAGCUGUCGGCGCUGGGCGGCCUGCGCUGCCUGCGCUCGCUGCAGCUCGACGCCGCUCCCCUGGAGCGACCCAAGUUCCCGCGACACCAGGCGGCAGCAGCAACGGCAGCAGCAGCUGCUGCUUCUGCGGGUGCGGGCGGCAAGCCCGGCAAGGGCAAGGGGAAGAGCAAGGGCGGCGCUGCUGCCGCCGGUGGCAGCAAGGCCGGCGCCGGGGCGGCGGGCGGCGCGGCACCGGCGGCGUCGCUGGCGGCGGCACGUCGGCCCGACAGCGACGACGACAGCGACGCCUACCUCUCAACAGAGGAGGACGGCAUGGCGGCGCAGCCGCCACCGCCGCUGCCGCUGGCGGUUCCGCGGCCAGCGGCGGCGGCGGCAGCCGCAGCUGCCGCUGGCGGCGGCGGCGGCGUUGCUGUUCGGCCCUGGACUCGGUCGGAGUGGCGGGCGCUGUCGUGCGACCUGGGCUCGGUGCUGGGGGCGCUGGCGGCGCUGACGCAGCUGACGGAUCUGACGCUGUCUUUCGACACGCCCACGCUCUUCCACCAGUACGACGACCAGCGCCGCCACGACCGCCGCGCGCCGCCGCCGCCGCACGCGGCGGCUGGCGGCGGCGGCGCCGCCGCCGCCAGUGACGCCGAUAGCGAUGACGACACCGACUUGGAGGAGGGUGCGGGCGGGCUGGGCAACCCUCACCAUCACCGCCACCACCAUCACGGCCACCACCACCACAACCACAAUCACGCGUUGGGGUCGGCUGACGAUUCGGCGGAGGAGGAGGAGGCGCGCAUGGCGAAUGGCUUCGGGUUGGAUAGCGACGAUGACACCGAGGAGGAGGAGGACGGUGGCGGUGCGGGGCUGUCUGCUGAGGAGUCGGACGACGAGGGCCUCAGCCGUGGGGGCGGCGGCCAGCCCGAACCGUGCGACAGCGACGACGACAAUGAGGAGGAGGAGGAGGACGAGGAUGAGGACGUUGUGUCGCACAGCGGCAGUGAUCAUGCGGCCUUCGGCGCCGCCAGCCACAACCACCACCAACACGGGCAGCGGCGGCGGCGGCGCGGCGGCGUGGCCGAUGCCGCUGCCCGGCGGCGCAGUCGCGCCGCGGCUGAGGCGGCGCACCGGGAGCGCGUGUGUGGCGGGCUGCUGCAGGGCUCGGCGCUGGGCGGCCUGGCGGCGCUGCAGGGGCUGUGGCGGCUGCGUGUGGGCCUGCCGCACGGCGACGUGUGGGAGGACGUGACGGACCGCCUGCUGCCGGCGCUGCGGCUGGCGCUGCCGCGGACGGCGGUCGAGAUGGACGUGCUGUGAGAGUGGGGACGUGUGUGUAUGAGAAAGCGCGUGGAUGUUGCGUGGUUGAGAGCACAAGGAAGGACGUUUGCCAGGCUGUGUGCACGAUGAUACGGUGCGACACUCGCGGCAUUAUGUGAGGGUUUGAGUGUCGAACAACGAAACCGGUGCGAAUCUUUGUGCAUUUGCUGCUUUGGGUUGGAGCAUCGAAAGGGCGGGUAGGGGUGGCGCGGGUUGUGUGUGUGCGACUGUUCGUGUGUGUGUGUGUGUGUGUGUGUGUGGUGCGCCACAAGGAGUGACAUGGGGCCCAGGCAUGGCACAGGCAUCACAAAGUGUUUGGGAGCAUGUUAUGGCAUUGAGGGGCAAGGCUUGCGCCGGACGAAAUCUUUCAUUGCAUAAUCACACCGCCAUAGCGUAUGAGGGAUCACUGAGCGCAGUUGAGCGGUAGGUAGGAUGGCAGCGAAGCCCAGUUCAGGCAUGGCAGAGACGCUGUGGAGCCAGGAAGGCGGGCUUUACGGACGGCGCGCCGCACAGCAGGCACUUCGGCGUGGUCGCCUGCUUACAUUGCGGCUGGAUGCGGGGGCGGGGGGACAGGGAGGGAGAGCUGACCGAGUGGAGCAGGAAUCCAGCGUGCCGAAUCCAAUUGCGAGUAGGAGUUGUGAGGUUAUAUAGUUCGGGGAGCGCUGCAGGACUAGGCAGGCGGCCCAGCAGCGCGUUGCUGUGUAUUAGGAAACACGAGAAAGGGUAAGCGUUGUCUUUGUGUGCGCGUGGGUGCACCAUGUUCAUGCAUUGAUGCAACAUGGAGCGCACCUCCUGUGCACCUGCGCCCCGGCGUUGUCAGCAUACACUAGGGCAGGCCUGCUUUUUAACGCGCUUAGGCUGUGGUCCAGGGAAAGUUGCUGCGUGUGUUGCCUGGGCCUACAGCAGGACUUGCACGCGUUGCUUCAGUGCCGCCGGAACUGCUGGCGAUGAAGUCACCAAGCUGCGGGCGGCGCUUGUCAUGACUCAUGAGGGCGUCCCUGCUUGUAGUUGUUGACGUUUCAAUGUGUUGGGGGCUGCCCGGUCGAAGCGUCGGCAUGUGCCGUCGGGACUACCGUACUGCGGCAGGCGGCCGACUCGGAUUCCCGGAAUGAGGAGCUGCUGGCGUGGCUGCUGGUAGCCUCUUACGGGUAUGUCUGUGCUGAUUGCGCGGGAGCUGGCGGAGUCGGCCGGGCACAGCGGCGACACCUCGGCCCCACCUCGGGCCCUCGGCCCUGUAACAUACGGCAUGCCGGCAUGGCAUGCGGCGCCCCAGUGCGCAGCAGUACUGUAAGCUACGGAUGCGCAGUACUGUAAGCUACAGAUGUC